AUGCACAGACUGAUGCGAAAGCUGAGGCGAGAGCUGUCGUUGAACGGCCACCAUCAGCAUCUCAGCGAGGAGGAGGCCAUGCGACAGGUGCUUCUGCAGCACGCUCUGGCCCGACAGGAGGAGCAGGAGAGGUGGCAACGCUUGGCCUUCGCAGAAGCAGAGGCCCAGCACCAGGCGGCCCUCGCCGCUGCAUCGAUGGCACCAGCAACCCCUCCAUUUUUAGCUCCGAACUACGCGGCCUACGUAAACCAGGCGACGGGGAUACCGCAGUGGACUGGAGCGGCGGCCCCGGGUCCCUACGCCCAGCCGAUGGCGAGUUUAACUCCGAACGUGGCCGACGAGGAGGUUCAGGUGCAACGGGCGCUGGAGGAGUCGCGGCGCGAGGAGGAAGAGCGAAAGCGAAGGCAGGCGGCGGCCGAAGAGGAAGAACGAAGGGCGAUCGCCCAGCGGCAGCGAGAAAGCGAAGAGGAGUUCUACAGGAUGCAGCAACGACAAACUGCCUUCAUCCACGACGUCGAGCAUCAAGAAGACGAAGAAGAAGAUGAAGAAGAUGACGAAGCGCGCCGGGCAGCGCUGGAAGAAGCCAAGCAGGUCCAGCUCGCCCUCCAGCUCUCCCUGGCCGAGCAGAAGCUUCGAGCCCGUCCACAGCAGCAGCAGACCUGGGACGGCCUGCGGGCCGAGGGCUUCGCUGACGACGAGCCAUCGCACCACUUCUUCGAUCAUGGCGGCCACCACGAGGCCUACGACCGACGGAAGGGGAAGGAGAAGGUGGUCGAUGACGAUGAAAAGGAGGACGGAGGCGCGGAUGAUGAGCGCGAACUGGCCCUGCGGCUGUCUCAGCUGGUGCACUUGCCGCCGGAGGCGCGUGCUCGGGAGGAGCAGGCCAUCUACCGCGCAGCGCUCAUCAACGAACAGCGGACAGACAUGGUGAAGGAGGACCAGAAGCUCCAGGAACAGAUCGAGCGCGACCGCGCCCUCGCGCUAAUCGCACGCGCUCGAAACAAAGAAGCUGCACUCCUGCCCGAACCGCCCACAGGCACGGAGGGCGCAACGGAGCUGGUGGUGCGGAUGCCGGAUGGCGGGCGUACGCGCAGGCGUUUCCCGCCCGACGCCACCCUGCAGGCCAUCAAGGACUGGGUCGACGUCGAGCUGGCCAAGUCGCACCAGACCGAGCUCGACAAGCUGAGCAUUGUCAACGACGACGACAACGACAACGACAACGAAGAGGGCGAGGCGGUGGCAGUGGUGCGGACCCAGGCCGGGUCGUAUCUGGUGGGCGGCUAUGACCUUGUGACGGAUUUCCCGCGGCGCGCGUUCACCGACAUGCGCGUGAGCGCGAGCCAGGCCGGCCUUUGUCCUCGCGCCCUGCUCAACCUUUCCCGCAAGCAAUAA